CACGCACACCUCCGUGUUGGAAACCAGGAGUCGCAACCGGCAGCCAUCACUGCUAGAGAUCCACACUCAGGAUGACACAGGCAGCUCCAUGCAGUGGUACACAGGCACGAACACGGAGAAGGACGCAUUGAUCUCUAUCCAGGCAACACACACACACAAGGCAGCGUGACAGCAUGCGAGCCUGAGGAACACUGACGAUGUGACAUAGAGACUCCACACAGCCAUGCUCGCACACACACACACUGCACAGCUAGAUGCAAAUGCAAUCAUACAUUAACAUAAAUCGUUCUACAAAACACAUCACCGGGGAGGCUAAUUUUAACGAAAAGCCAAUUCCUGCACACGCUAAGAUCUGUGCACAUUGAGAAAAACGCACACGUACCCUUGGGACACGACUAACCCACGCAGAUGAGGGCACACACACAUUAAUGGGUAUAGAUUGAGAUAAAACGCAUGCACGGCAUAGUGUUAGAACGUAUAUUUUAUAGCUAGGCACCUGUACACCUAGCCUCUGCCUUUUCGAUUCGAAUCCUAUAAAGAAGAUGCUCGAGUGAUGUCAUCAUGGCGGCGAUGUACGGGACAAGGCCCGGACUGGGUGUAGUAUGAGCUAUCCCAGCUGUUGGACACUGAUAUGGAUUAUGAGCGUCCCAAUGUUGAGACGAUAAAAUGUGUGGUAGUGGGAGACAACGCUGUCGGGAAGACGCGCCUCAUCUGUGCUAGAGCAUGCAAUGCCACUCUGACCCAAUAUCAGCUCCUCGCUACACAUGUGCCAACUGUGUGGGCCAUAGACCAAUAUCGCGUGUGCCAAGAGGUCUUGGAACGAUCUCGGGAUGUGGUCGAUGAAGUCAGUGUGUCCCUCAGGCUUUGGGACACAUUUGGAGACCAUCAUAAAGACCGGCGGUUUGCUUAUGGAAGGUCUGAUGUGGUCGUCCUCUGUUUCUCCAUUGCUAACCCCAAUUCCCUCCAGCAUGUAAAAUCGAUGUGGUACCCGGAGAUAAAGCACUUCUGCCCUCGUGCCCCGGUCAUUUUGGUUGGAUGUCAGUUGGACCUGCGCUACGCCGAUUUGGAGGCUGUGAACCGCGCUCGUCGACCUUUAGCCAGGCCAAUCCGCCCUCAGGAGAUUCUUCCACCUGAGAAAGGCCGGGAGGUAGCCAAAGAACUGGGCAUUCCAUACUAUGAAACUAGCGUAGUGGCACAGUGUGGCAUCAAGGAGGUUUUUGAUAACGCCAUCCGUUCAGCACUCAUCUCUCGGCGCCAUUUACAAUUUUGGAAGUCACAUUUGCGCAGUGUGCGCAGACCUCUGCCACAGGCCCCUUUUCUUCCUCCCCGGCCUCCUCCUCCUGUCAUUGUUGUGCCUGAUCCCCCAGCACAAAGUGAGGAUCAUCCUGGACACCUUCUGGAGGAGGCAUCUUGUGCUGAUGUGGUGCUGGUGGUCCAAGAAAGGAUUCGUAUAUAUGCCCACCGCAUCUACCUCUCCACUGCUUCCUCCAAAUUCUGCGACCUUUUCCUCCUGGAAGAUGGAGACCCACCUGCCCAAGCCAGAGAUCCCCUUCUACGUGCCUCCAGCUUUGAUGCUUGUGAGUCUUCGGGGGAAAGUGAGGGUGGUGGAAUGAGAACCUCGGCCAGCGAUGGCACAUUGGGCAGGGAAGGCGACAGAGACUUAUCAGGAUGGAGCAGGGCCUUUGAGAGCAUACGGAGUGGAGUUCUGGAAGAGACACCUGGCUACAGGGCCAGAAGAGUGACUGUUGUAAAGAUGGACAGCUCAGUGAGGUCAGGACCAUUCAGAGCAGUGCUUAAAUAUUUAUAUACUGGGCGACUGGAUGAACGGGAACCAGAACUGAUGGAAGUUGCCCACAUUGCAGAACUGUUAGAGGUGUUUGACUUGCGCAUGAUGGUGGCAAACAUUCUAAAUCGAGAGGCCUUCAUGAACCAAGAGAUCACCAGAGCUUUCCAUGUCAGGAGGAGCAAUCGCAUCAAGGAGUGUCUAGCAAAGGGGAUCUUCUCUGAUGUCACUUUCUUGCUGGAUGACGGAAGUAUAAAGGCCCAUAAGCCUCUGCUGAUCUCCGGCUGUGACUGGAUGGCCGCCAUGUUUGGAGGCCCCUUUCUGGAAAGCAGCACGGCUGAGGUGGUGCUCCCCUAUACCUCUAAGGCCAGUAUGCGUGCGGUGCUCGAGUAUCUCUACACUGGGCAGUUCACCGCAGGACCUGAUCUUGACCCGCUGGACCUCAUCAUACUGGCAAACAGGCUUUGCCUGCCACACCUAGUGGCCCUGACAGAGAAGCACACAGUGUCGGUGAUGAUGGACGCCUCCCUGAAUAACAAGGACAUCGAUGGAGAAGCUCUUAUGUUACUAGAGGCUGCCCAGUUCCAUGGUGCUCUGCAGCUGGCAGCCUGGUGUUCACAUCACAUCUCUACCAACUACAACCGUGUGUGCAGAAAGUUCCCCCGGGAAAUCAAGCUCGUCUCCCCUGAGAAUCAGCAGAUUCUAGAGACUCAGCGAUGGCCCCCUGUAUGGUACCUGAAGGAGGAAGAUCACUUUCAGAGAGCUCAGAGAGAACGUGAGAAGGAGAUGGCUCUGCACCAGAAGAGACAGCCCAAGAGACGCUGGUUGUUCUGGAACAGCUCCAACACAGGAUCCCCGGCAUCCUCUACUACUCCCUCCUCCACGGUGGGUUAGGGCCUCUUACCACGGCUCCAAAAUCUCCCUCUGGCAGCUAUGAGUGCAAUCUGAGAGUGUGUCCUGUGUCUAAUUCCGAGUGAUUGUGAACAAUUGUUUCUCCUACUUACUACAUAAGGACAUUUUACAAAACAUAUCUGGAUUUAACUCAAAUAAAUCCGUAUAUCUGUAAAUAGAAUUCCUGAGCAAUGCAACCUCAGCUAGAAUUUCAGGAAUGUUCUUCUACUAUACACAUACUUCUACAUUAUCUAUAUUACAGCACCACUUAUCCCAGACAAGCCCAACUUGCACAGUAUCAUCACUUGGGAUUAUCCAUAGGCUGACAAUUCCAAACGCAAGUCCAUAGACCGACAAUAACUAAGGC